UGCAUGGCCCCAUCCCAGGCCGCCUCACUUGCUGCCACCAGCCCUGGCAUUUCAGAUUUGUGGCACGAAGCCUGCCACACUAUCGAAACAUGUGAUGGAAGGAUUACAAUAUGACCUCCUGUGAUUUGAGUCCUGCAUCGCUGCCUUUUAAGUAGCAAUGAGUAAAUCUUCUAAGUUAUGUCGUAAGACUUCUUGUCCAAGAAGCAAUAUAUUCUGCAACCUCAUAGACCGGAUAGUGAAAAGACCCUCCUUGCAGUUCUUGGGUCAGUGGGGCUACCACUGCUACGAGCCCAGGAUUUACAGGACGCUGGCGAAGAUCCUGAGGUAUGUCGACCUGGAAGGGUUCGAUUUGCUGCUCACAGACUAUAUCACAUUUGUGGAGAAGUCAGGAUCGUUUGAGCUGAAUUUUAAUCUUGAGUUUACCGAAAUUUGUGUGAACACUAUUCUGUACUGGGUCUUUGCAAGAAAAGGUAACCCUGACUUUGUGGAGCUGCUUCUCAAGAAGACCAAGGACUACGUGCAAGACAGAAGCUGCAGCCUGGCUCUCAUCUGGAGAACGUUCACCCCCGUGUACUGCCCAAGCCCACUGAGUGGCAUCACGCCUCUGCUGUACGUAGCUCAGACCAGGCAGUCCAACAUCUUGAAAAUACUCCUACAAUAUGGAAUCCUCGAGAGAGACAGAAAGCCCGUCAACAUCGUGCUCACCAUCCUGCUGUACCCUUCCAGAGUGAGGAUAAUGGUCGAUCACGAACUGGUCGACAUCCGGGAAGACGCCAAAACGUGCCUAGUGCUGUGUUCCAGAGUGCUUCCUGUCAUUCCAGUCCGGGAAAUUGAGGCACAGCUGAGCUUGGGAAGGCGGCCAAUUGUUUCCAAUUGGUUAGACUACAUUCCUUCAGCAAGAUACAAAGAUCCAUGUGAACUCUUACAUCUUUGUAGACUAACGAUCAGAGCUCAGCUUCUUGCCAACAAUAUGCUCCCCGAUGGAAUAUUUUCACUUCUAAUUCCUGUUCGUCUACAGAACUACCUGAAUUUAGAAAGCUAAUACACUUCUUUAUCCCUAAUUCCUUAAGGAUGAUCACCCUUUGUGUGGUUCAGAAGUUAAUAAACUACUGUAUUAACUUCAUAUUUUUACUUCAAUGAAUAUUUUGUUUGAUAAUUCACAUA